CAGUUCGGAGAUUUCUGUAACACUGCUCAAUGUAUUAUUGAUCAAUUUAUCUCGAGCGGCCAAGCCAAAUGGGUUCGCCAAUCGGGAUUGGUUUGCCUUUUGCCUCAUGGCAUGGAAGGCAUGGGUCCAGAACACUCAUCCGGUCGUUUAGAACGCUUCUUGAGUCUGUGCGCUGAUGAUCCCGAUUAUUUCCCUCCCGAAUCUGAUGAAUUCGCUAUUCGACAAUUGCACGAUAUUAAUAUGAUCGUAGCCAACUGCUCGACACCAGCCAAUUAUUACCACAUUUUACGUCGGCAGAUUGCAAUGCCUUUCCGUAAGCCUCUGAUUUUAAUGACUCCUAAGUCCCUGCUCCGCCACCCAUUGGCAAGAAGUCCUUUCAAGGAAAUGGCCGAAGGUAGUGAAUUCAGACGUGUAAUUCCUGAUGAAGGUCCUGCAGCAGAAAAUGCAGACAAUGUGAAGAAAGUGCUCUUCUGUACUGGACGUGUUUUUUACGAUCUGUUAAAGGCGCGUGAAGACAAGAAAUUAGAGAAGGAGAUUGCCAUCGUACGCGUAGAACAGAUUUCACCCUUCCCAUUCGACUUAGUCAAAGAGCAAAGUAACGUUUAUAAAAACGCAGAUCUAUUCUGGGUUCAGGAAGAACACAAGAACUCAGGGGCCUGGACGUACGUGCAACCUCGCUUCCUAACAGCCCUUAACCACGACAAGGAUGUCGGGUAAGUCUCUUGAAAC